ACAGUGCUGUUAUACUCCAGUCAUGUACCAUGUGUACUGGGGGACUACUGGCCGGGACUAGACUCUCGUGUAGCGUCUGGACUCUGGAGAGUGGAUCCAUGGAGUGCAGUGUUCAAGAAUCAAUGAGCAUGGUGAUAGACUGACACUGAUACAACAAUGAAAACCUUGUGAAAUCCAGGAGCGAUUUUCAGCCUGGUGUCAGUGGUGAGCUGAGGACUUUCUAGCCAGCGGAAGAAUGGCUCGCUCGACGAAUGUACAACUACGUCCUUUUUUGUUUCUAGUCCACGCACUGGUCGGCAUUGUCGCCCCAAGUACUUACCUUUGUGAUGCCAAACACCCUAGGUACCCUCUGGCGGCGCUUGGUGGCGAAGCGCUGCACAACAAGGCCGUACCGCUGCCUACUGCGGACGACAUCAAGACUAUAGCGGAGAGCUUCGAUUACCUGCACGGCGAGUACACCAGCAAUUGGCUGCAGUUGAUGCACGAGACUAGGCCCGGCAUGGGUGUUGUCCAGUACAUCAAUAGUCACAUCGCCAGUGCUAAAGGUAUAGAGAAUACGCAUGGCGGAAGAUUGUCGACGAUUUACUACUGUACCGGAUGGCUGGAUGCAGAGGUGUCGGAGAAAGACACUGAGCUUGAUAUUCUUCUGGACAACAAGCAUUCGCCAUUGAUUGCCAGCACAAGCGCAGGGAAUGUAUCCACCAAAGAUGAAUAUGUAACAUACUUGAGGCUGGAGAACGAGCUAGCAAAAAUUGUGUCAGUCGAGUCACCAAGACACAAAGUAUCGAGGCUGGCUAAGGCCAACGGGACAAUUCAGAAAGUGACAGUUUUGCGGGGCUUUGACGGUACAUCACCGGCUGCACACUCAAAGAAUAUGAGUGUGUUGGGACCAUCUUAUAAGAAUUAUCCUGGCCAGCAACUAUCAGAGAAUUGGCUCAUUGAUGAAGCCUCACUGUGGAAGAGUGAACAUGGCAAUGGUCUUCCUGGUGAAGUGUUUGAUCGUAAUGACAGUCCCAUCACGUACGACAUUGAUCCAGCCAGUGGCUUUGCGUCCGCCGUGCUCAUCAACUUCACACUUCAAGCAGUUUCAGCGGGGUACAAUGGCUCGUGGUUCGACUGCUUCUCCGAUCAUGUCUUGAAGGCUACUGAUGUUGGUGGAAGACCGGUGCAUGGAGAUGCCUACUGGAACUUUGCCACCAAGGCUUCCUACACUGCCGAAGAAUUUUCCAAUGCUCAGCGCAAGCGUCUUCAAGCAGUGUUUGAGUCCGUGCAUGCAACACUGGGAUUCUUUCCUCUAAUUCUGGCAAAUAACGUGGGAGCAUCCUACUUCACUUAUGGUCGAUCCUUCCUGAUCCCGGGUCCAGGAGACUUCCGACCUCUGGAUGCAUACGACUUGGAGGCUUUUGCAGGGACCCUGCAGGCUACGAAGCCUGGUGUUAAUUCUUGCAGUGGACCCCCAGAGGAUUUUGUAGUAGAAUACAAAGACCCAGACGGCUGGCUGAGAAAUAUCCAGCUGAUCAGCAAUGCAUCGCAGAGUAACUUGUCACUAAUUGCCAUGAUGUCGAGUGCUGGGUGCGAGUCUUUUCCCAUGGAGGGCAUGGGCGAGCAGAGGACACAGCUGCAGCAUUUUGCUUACGCCAGCUACUUGCUGGCCGCCACCGGUCCAUCGACGAGAACGCACUUUGGCAUACCAGCGUACUAUCAGGCCAAUGGAACACGCUUUGUCCAUAUUGAUGACUGGUUUUACUUGGACAUCGGCACACCAACAGAGACUUACCCUCCUGCAGGUGUCACGAAAUAUCAACCAGCUGGUCAUGCAAGCUUUGUUCGUCAAUUCACCAAAGGUGUAGUUGUCGUCAACCCAACUAACACUACAGAUGAGGCUGUGCCCUUGGGCAAUUCCUAUCAUUAUCCCUUGGUGGGAGUGGAGGCCCAGGGCAAUGCCGUUUCCAAUGUUACAAUGACCCCACACACAGGACUUUUGAUGCUCUACUCUUGAAAGGUUGCGUUCUACUCUUUCAGAUUUUAUCUGAUUGAAUAUUCGUUGAGGUCCAAGAGAUCGAGGAAAUUCGAAUAAUCGAUUAUUCGUUACAUCACUAUUGCUAUUAUUAUUUCCACAUGAACAGAACUCGGAAAUCAUAAGUGAUGAUUACUGGUAAUAUCGCUUUUUUAAGAACAUGCCUGCUCCUAAACUUGCACUUCCCGCUGGCUGGCGGACACUUGACUGACUCACGCGACUGCUGUGUGGAGCACAUGAGAAGGAUGUCGAACCAUCCACUUGGAAAACCUACAAGAAAGGCUCCCUGAUUGACCCUGGCUCAAUAAGCAGGGUUAUAGGGAAUUCACCCUUCAGCAGUUGAACUUGCCAGUAUUAUAAAAGCCAAUGAAAUGUCUGCUCCGAGAGCACUGCAUUAUAGUGUUUGCCCAGUACAGAUAUCACCAGGGAUACCAACUUCAGUGAUGCUGGCCCCGUUUGCCUUUCUAAAGGCUAAUAAAGCACCAUCGCUGUUUGCAAAGACUUGAGUCUUGACACAUAUUAUCUUUCUUUUACUAAACUGUCACCCUGCCCUCUA